AUGAGGACGACGUCUAUGGAUAUCGGCAAGGCCUUCAGCUUGCGAAGCUAUUCGGACACCCGGCUCCGUGACUACAACGUCACCCAGAGCCAGUCUUCGUUCUCGAAGAUGCCCGGUCUCACGCAGUCCUGGGCGGUGCUAGAUGUUGCAGAGAAGGAGCCCAUGGUCAAAGCCUUGCGGCGAUCUUCAAUCAAGCUCGGUUUCGCGAAGCCGAACUUCAACUCAACGAGCAGAAUUGAUUUCCGGCCUUUCACCCAAGCAGAGCAAGGCGCUUCCCAAGGCGCCAUGGAUCCUGCGGCCAAGGCAGAUCUGCGAGCCGUGCAUUACCGGCUGGGUGAAGACGGGCCAAGCAGGGUGAACUACGUGUGGUAUGAGUCAGAGCUCGACCGCUGCGCUAGGAGCCAUUGGGAUCCGACGAGGAAAGUGCAGGCGUGGCAGCUUCCCCCGGAGUCGCCAAUGACACGCUCCAAGCGUGUGCGUGGAGGUGCCGUGAGCAUCGGCCACUUCGGCCGGGAAAGCAGCUCCGCGGCCGCCCAACCUCGAUCGCUUUUUACCACUUGCAGGUUGUCCGUGGAACUACCCAACACAAAGUGCAACAUGAGCAGCGAGAAAUGGUAUGGUCCAGAAAUGAGUGUGCAGGGAGAACGAUCUGCCGACCAAAGGCGACGAGAGUUGGGCCCGGAUGAUAUUUUCAACCGAAUGUUUGUUUGGUCGCUUCCUGACAUGCAAUGGGUGGCGGUAGUCGAACAAGCGAGUUCCGGACUCGGCAAAGUGGUGCUGCUGGUGGGUGACUUUGUCCACGGCGUCUUUCGAAUGUACCUUGGCAUCGUGCACUUCGUGGCGCAAGGCAAUGCUGCAUUUCAGCAGCUUGCAUAUUCCAUCUGCUUGGUAUGCCCUUUCCAAGAGUCCCCUCGGGUGGAGCCCCGAAGUCGAGGAAGGUAUACAGUGUCUGGACUGAAGGAGGGAGCAGCAGCCUUGGAUCAAGACCUAGGGAAUGAAGUUGCAGCUGAUGCGGUUAAUGUUGACAGCCGGGUACCCGGUCUCUACGAGUUCGUGGACAGCGCCAACUGCAGCCACCUUGGCCCCUGGCAUUUCCAGGUGCCUGUGCUGGCUGGGCAGCUGGGCUUCUAUGGCACUCUCGGUGACAACGUGCCGGGACCCCUGGCGCGGUUUCGGCUGCCACGUGCCCUGGCACUCGACGAGCUCGGGCAGAGGCUCUUCGUUUCCGAUGCUGCCAACCACGCUGUCCGUACAGUGUCCCUUUUGGAAGGCAACCACAUCUCCACCGUCGCUGGCCAGCUAGGUGUUUCGGGCCGCAGUGGUGACGGAGGCCCUGCGCUGAUGGCGACACUCCUCGAGCCGGCUGGCUUGGCUCUAAGCCAAACCCACCUCUUUGUCUCCGACCAAGGCAACCAUGCGGUGCGAGUGGUGGACUUGAUCUCAGGGAUCAUUACGACCGUUGCCGGGAUGCCAGGAUCACGUGGCGACGCAGGGGACCAGGGCUUGGCGACCAGCGCGCGGCUGGACUCGCCGGCAGGUUUGGCCCACGGCUCCAACCUUUUGUACAUAGCAGAUUCUGGGAACGGCCGCGUUCGAGUCCUUGACACUGGGUCUGGCAUGCUGACCACCGUGCCAGGAGCGCGGUCUCUGCGGCCACAGGGCCUCGCACUGGACGAGGUGCGGCAGAUCCUCUAUUUUUCGGAUGUUGAGGACCACGCGGUCUACACGGUGGACCUGUUGAACGCCUCUGCCGUGGCGGAAGUGGUGGUUGGCAUUCCAGGAAUGCCGGGGGACUUCGGGGAUACGCCCUACAAGCGGCCUGCCUUGCAA